AUGCAUCAUCCACACAUCGUAUUGCCCGUAUCGAGUGCGACGUCCAAGUUGGAACAGGAGGGAGGUGAAGAAACCGGGCAUGCUGUGGAAGAAGGCGUAACAAGCUCAAAGUUGGACUCGAUGUAUGUCGGGUCCAUCAUUCGCACCGAGUCGACAGGCAAAUGUCUCGGACUCGAAGACGAACCAGACAAACGACAGAGUCCAGGUGAAGCCCAUGAGGUUGCGGCUGCAAUGGCGAAACAAAAGGAAACAAACGCCAGAAACACACUCAAGACGCCAACCGUCCAUCCGUCAAACGGUCAAAUGCGACUUCAGACCCUGCAACCGUGA